AUGUCUAAUCUUUUGCCUCUGGACUCUCAAACACUACCUGCUGGUGUAAAAUCUCGUUUCAUUGAUAACGUCAAUGGUUUACGUAUGCAUAUUCUCGAAGCUGGAGAUGAUCACAAUCGUCCGUUAGUUAUCCUUCUACACGGUUUCCCAGAAUUAGCUUAUACGUGGCGAAAAGUGCUAAUACCUUUGGCCAACCAAGGUUAUCAUGUAAUAGCACCGGAUCAACGUGGAUGCGGGCGCACUAUUACCAUUGACAGAAACAGCGACGAUGAUUUUACCUCGUUCAGUAUGUUGAACUCUUGUCAGGACAUUAUUACACUUCUCCAUCGACUGAACAUAUCUAAAGUGAAGUCAAUUAUCGGUCGUGAUCUUGGUGCACCUAUUGCGGCAAAUUUAGCAUUGAUAAGACCAGACAUUUUCGAAUCGUUGAUCAUGACGUCGGCACCGUACCUAGGACCACCUUCAAUAGAUACCCCUUCGAAAGCACCAGUUAUCGAAGCGCUCAAACAGUUAGGAAAGAAACAUUAUCGAUGGUACUUUUCUUCUGUAGAACAGGCCAACUUAGAUAUGCUCAAUGCUGAACAAGGUCUCAAAGAAUUCUUUCGUGGUUAUUUGUACUUGAAAGGAGCUCAACAUCCACAGAACAAGAAUAUCUUUCAAUUAAAAGAAUUGACAGCUGUCGAGUUGUGUAAACUGCCCGAAUACUACAUUAUGCCGCUGGACCGUACAAUGCCGCAGAUAGUUCUCUCUAACAUACCUGAUACCGCCAUACUCCAACAAGAAAUGUCAUCAUGGUUAACCGAAGAUGAACUUCAGGUAUACACAGAUGAAUACCAGCGGAGUUCAUUCAAAGGUGGGCUCCAGUACUACAAGUGUUUUGCCAGUGAUUAUGAUCAGAAUCAACUGAAAGUUUUCAGUGGGAUGAAAAUCAAAUGUCCUGCUAUGUUCAUUUCCGGUGCAAACGAUUGGGGUAUGCAGCUAGAACCGGAUUUUAUGAAGAAAAUGGGUGCAAAGACUGUUUAUGAAGAUUGGAGAGGAUUUCAGCUGAUAGAUAAUUCAGGACAUUGGCUGUCGGAAGAACAACCGGAGGAACUAACGAAGACAAUUUUAAGAUUUUUGGACAUGCUUCCAAUCAAAGAGUUACUCUGA